CACAAAGGCAGAGAGACAGAAGGUUUCAAGUGCAAAAGAUGCAAAACCCAAAAAGCAGCUGCCUCCUGCAGCAGGUAUAAAUACUCGGACAAACCCUUUCUCUAAUCCCUAGCUUUCUUCUUCUCUCUGUCUCUGCAAGUUUAAUCGAGAAAAUGGGAAGAGGAAAGUUCAAGGGCAAGCCCACCGGCCGCCGCCAGUUCUCCACUCACGAAGAGAUGGUUGCUGGUUCCUCUGCCCGUCCGCGUGGUUUUAAAAGGGAAGAAGCCGAAGAGGAGGAAGAAGUAGAGUCUGAAGAGGAAUCAGAAGAAGAACAGGAAGAAUCCGAAAAACGGAAAGGCACGCAGGGAAUUAUUGAAAUUGAGAAUCCCAAUCUAGUAAAACCAAAGAAUGUGAAGGCUAAAAAUGUCGAUAUUGAGAAAACAACUGAACUCUCAAGGCGUGAAAGAGAGGAGAUAGAGAAGCAAAAGGCUCAUGAGCGGUACAUGAGGUUGCAGGAACAGGGAAAAACAGAACAAGCAAAAAAGGAUUUAGAACGCUUAGCCAUGAUUCGCCAACAAAGGGCUGAGGCUGCUAAGAAGCGAGAGGAGGAAAAGGCUGCUAAAGAGCAGAAAAAAGGCGAGGGACGCAAGUGAAAUAAAGUUAUGGAGAUGCCAAGUAAUUGAAUUGGGCUGCUUUCUUUUUAAUGUUUGACCUUUUUUAUCUGUAUUAUCUGUAUCCCAAGCUAACUCAAAUUACCAAAGUUUCGCUUUCUUAUUUCACACUACUAGUGUAUUUGUUCAGGGUAUGGAAUUUGUUCGUAUUUAUUGGGAACAUGGUUUGGGGAAAAGAAAACAUUUUUGGUCAUCUAAACUUUUAACAUCGAAAUAAUCGCUAUACAGGUUUUGGUUGA